AUGAGAUUGCCAAAAAUUAAAAAAGAUAACGUAUCAAUUACAACGGGAUAAGACUCUGUUUCUCCAAUUAAAAACAGACUUAAUGGACAAUAAAACUAAAUAAAUGGAAAUGUCUAAUCAUUUAUAAAUCAAUCAGAAGCCAAUACAACUAUUACUACUAGAUUAAAAUCAGCACAUUCAUAGUUUUAAGGUUCAAAUGAAGAUAUUCCUUAGCUUCAUUAAAUAAUAGGAUCCUCAUAAAAUAAGCUUUUAAGCAGCGGCAAAAAAUCUUAACUUAAGCAGCAUCCACUUUCAGCUGUGUAAAGAUCCAAUAAGCUAUCUAAUAAUCUUUACUCAAUAGUGAAUAAUAAACUUGUCAGAAAUGUGCCUAAUGGUAACUCUAAUGGUGACUUGACAGAUGGAGAAGCUUCCUUAAAUAAUGAAAAGAUUCAAAAUUUAAAACUCUUACCUUAAUACACACAGGAUCUGAAUAAAAAUGUUUUUCAAGAUUCUUCAUUUAUUUCAAAUAAGGAAAUAAUUGAACCACAAACUGAAAAAAAGAGUAGACUUAAGAAGACUAUCGAAUAAUAGACAAAACUUAAAAAACCCCAGAGAAGACUUCAUAAACUUUAAUAUAACAAUGAAAAUUAAUAUAACAAUAGCAAUCUUUCACCAGCAGAAUCAGACAAUGAGUAACAAAACUAAACUAAAUAAUAAAAAAAUAAAACUCCUUAAAAUCAUAAUUCAAAUCCUUAUAGUUUCUUGAGUAAGGCUCAAAAUAGCAUGAUUAAAGGGAAUUAAAACACUUAUAGAGGCAUAGAUUAAGAAGCUAGUGAUAAUUUGAUAGAGAUCACUAAAAUAUCUCAAAAUUCAAAGUUAAAUCCUUACAUUAAUAAAAUAAUAAGCACUGCUUGGAAUGAAGAAUCAAUUAGAGAGGAAAAUGAAUUUGCUGAGAAUGACGAAUUAGUUAAUGGGCAAAGAAAUAAUACAGCUGGGAAUGCUAAUCAGUAAAAUUCAUAAGGUAAAUCAAGCAAGAUGUCAACGAUUUAGGACAAUGGCUAGCAAGUAGCUCCAAUCACUAAAUAAAGUAAUCCGUUAGGCUAAUAGUAAAAGCAUAACAAUAUGAUUCAAAUCAAUGAUUCUCAAGCACCUUCUCUUUUAGAUAAGAUCCAAGCUAUAAAAGACAAACGACAAAAAAUAUCUGAGAUAGAAUAAAGAUACCUUCAUAAAGAGAGAAAUAUCAAUAAAUCUGAUUUGUAAAAUCCAACUUAAGCUUUGUCCAAUUUUCAUAUGUAAAAGCCUAAUUUAAAGAAUAUUAGGAAUAAAAAAUAUUCUGAUGCUGAAAAAAACAUUUUAAAUAAUCUCAAUGAUAAUAAGAACUCUUAGAUAAACAGCAAUUAAAAUAUUAUUAAUCCUCAAAUUUAUUCAAUAGUUGAAAUUGCUAAGGGUUAAGCUAAGAGUCAAGUUGAAAAAUUCAAACUAUAAAAUAAAAAUGCAAGAUUGAGGAAACUAACUAAGGGAGACUCAGAUAUGUCAUUGAAUGCAAAAAUAAAUAAAAAACUGCUCCCACCCUCCUAAAAUGGUGAGUAGAAUUUAAAAGCAUCUGCUCAUAACUCUCAAAAUAACGAUUCUUUUUACUUUGAUUAUAAUUAACUUGACCCCAGAUUUACUACUAGUGUUUUCAACGAUAAUACUAUGAGAAGCCAGGAGAACACAAAGGGGAGAAUUAGUAAGAUUGGCAACAAUAAUAUGAAUGUGAAAGUUAGUGACUUUGAAGAUGAUAUCAACUAUAUUGAGGAGAAAAUAGUAGAGGCUACAGAGUCUGAUGCUCACAACACAAGAACCAACUUCAAUAAGCAUAAUUUUUUCGACGAUGAUGAAGAAGAGGAUAAAGAUGAUGAUCAAGAUUAUAAUCUUUAUUAUUCAGACAUUGGUGGGCUCAUGUCAACACUCAACCAGAACUAGAAUCUUAACACUUUUUCUAGAGUCCCCUAGAUGGAGGAUAAACUGAAUACUCUCUCAAUAGAAAGAAGACCUUUUUCACCACCAUUUAGUUAAUUCUAACAACUUCAAAUCAAGAGGAUAGAGGUAAAUUAAUAAAACGACACUAGCAAUGAGGCUCUAAAUGACAUAAUAUGA